GAGGCUAAAAAAUAAAUAAAUAAGUAAAUAAAACAUCAAACCGAAACAUGUUUUCAGCGAUUAAUGUAUACAUCGAAGUGAACGCUCCUUUUUGAAUUAACCGCCGCUACAAUCGUUUUUUUUUACUCUUCGUAAUUUGAAAUUAAUAAAUACAAUUCAAUGUAAGGCAUAAUUUUGUGUUUGUGUUUUCUUGUGAGUGUAUCGAUAAUUUCUUGAAUUGAGGAAAAAGCCAACCAAUGAAAAAAAACAGUGAAAAAAAUCGAAUAAAUCAUAUGAAAAAAAGUGCAUAAAUCUGUGAAAUUAAGCAGCCAUUAGAGGACGUGAAAAUUGUCAUCUCAGUUUUUUGUGAUUAAUUGAUAAAACUGAUAUUUGUUACUGUGUGUUUCGAGUAGCAACGAUUCGCAUAUUAUGAUUUAAAAAAAGACACUUUAUCCAAUGUUUGCGAUGGAUGUUAAACCAGCUAUUUCCGCCAAUUCGGUUUCUCCGACAAUACCAGACAUUUCAUCAUUGACCACAACAAGUUUGACAUCAUGUACCAACGGUAGUACAUAUAAUAUUGGUAAAACUGCAUUGGCACCCGAAACAACAUUAUGCGGCUUAUGCAUUCAACCAAUAUACGAUCAGUAUAUAAUGAGAGUCGUUGACACGUAUUAUCAUGAACGGUGUCUUCAAUGUUGUUCAUGCUCGAAACGUUUGACGCACUCAUGUUUUGCUCGCAAUGGAAAACUAUACUGUCGAAUUGAUUAUGAAAGAAUUUAUUUAAAAAAUAACUGCUUGGGAUGCAAUAAGAGAAUUUGUUCGGAAGAAUAUGUGAUGCGAACAGCGAGCAAUGUGUUUCAUUUAAAGUGUUUUGUGUGCGUCGUAUGCGGAUCUCAAUUACAAAAAGGCGAACAAUAUGUGGUUAAGCAAAGCCAAUUAUUUUGCCGUAACGAUUAUGAGAAAGAAGUUGAAAUGCUCAAAGGAUACAAUGAUGAAUAUUUUUCGGAAGAUGUGUUUGCAUCGAAAAUCGAUGGACGACGCGGACCAAAAAGACCACGAACCAUUUUAAAUACGCAACAACGAAGAGCUUUCAAAGCAUCAUUCGACGUAUCGCCGAAACCAUGUCGCAAAGUACGCGAAAAUUUGGCCAGAGAAACUGGAUUAAGUUUACGCAUUGUUCAGGUCUGGUUCCAAAACCAACGAGCAAAAGUGAAAAAGAUCCAGAAAAAACGCAAACAAGACGGUAAACACGACAACGAGAAUGAUUCGCAGGGAGAAAAUAAUACGGCCAAUGGAAACACAGCAAAAAGCAAUCAUGAAAGUGAUUCAGAUUCCUAUAGCAACGCAAAUCUCGAGCCCGAUCAAAACUUUUCGAUAAAAAAGGAAAAAGACAAUUCAGAGGAUGGCAUAAAAUCAUUUGAACUAUGUUCAAAUUCUCAUCACUUUCCAGCCGAUAAUUUCUCCGGCACCGAUGAUAUUCAAGAUAAUGCCGUUAUGGGGUUGGCUUAUUCAACGUUUCAACGUAUUUUGGGUAAUGCACCACAAGUAUUGAAUCCGAUCGAUCGUCUGUACUCAAUGCAAAACUAUUAUUUUCGAUGCAACAAUCGACAGCCCAACGAACCAGAUGACAAUGAUGGAAUGUAAAUCCACGGAAAUGUUUUAAUUAAACAAAUGUGUGUUUUUACUUUGGCAAAACAAAGUGUUUAUCAUGUAGUAACAUGAAUAAAAAUUAAAUUUAAA